AUAAAGACACUAGCACUCAGCCGUAAAGCUCCAUAACUCCAGCUAUACGGCCGCAGAGCUCAAGCCAUUGGCGUCAGACGAUCGCUACCCACCCCAACGCCAUCGCGCAAGCGCAAGAUCUGCUUCAAAUUGCCCAGCAAGAUAGAUAACGCAGCCAAAGCCAUGCUGCUCCUCUACUGGCUCCUCGCUACAGCCGCAGCGCAAGAAAUGGUGAGAAUAGAAGGCGGCUGGGCGACCUUCGGCACGUCCUUUGCCGACGAGGACGUCCCGAAGACCUUCGCGCCCAAGGAUACCGAGGGCGAGCAGCUCGCGGGUCUGAAGGAGUCGCUCGGCGACGACGUCUUCGGUGCCAUCGCCAAGACGACGGGUCUCGAUAAGCGACCGUCGUCCUUGUCCAGAGAUGGUGCAAAUGUAGCGCAGCAGCGCCGCGUGAAGACCUUCGACAUCGACGCGACGGUCGUCUCGAACGACGAGUUCAAAAAAUUUGUACGGGCCACGAAGCACGAGACGGAGGCCGAGAAGUUCCGCUGGUCCUUUGUGCUUGAAAUGUUGGCGUCGAACGCGACGAUCAACCAGAGCGACAGUAAACAUGGCCUCGGAAGGGUCCAGUCGUCGCCGCACUGGCUCGGGGUCUACGGUGCCACCUGGCGGAAGCCGGAGGGCCCCGACUCGAGCAUACGAGGCAAGGGCAACUACCCCGUCAUCCAGGUGUCGUGGAACGACGCCGUCGCGUACUGCGCGUGGGCGGGCAAGCGGCUCCCUUCGGAAUUGGAAUGGGAAACAGCAGCUAGAGGAGGCCUCGAGGACGAGCCCUUCCCCUGGGGCGACCGCGAUGAUGAUGUUCACAAAAGAAUGAAUGGCUGGGAGGGCGCGUUCCCCGACGAGAACCUGGCGAAGGAUGGAUAUAUUGGAGUCGCGCCGGUCGAUCAGUACGCGCCGAACGCCUUCGGCGUCUAUAAUGCGGUGGGCAACGUCUGGGAGUGGUGCGCCGGCGGCACGCCGGAGAAGCGGCCCUUGCGGGGCGGCUCCUUCGUCGACACCGUCGAUGGGAGCCACAACCACGCGCUGCGCUGCGCGACGCGGAUGGACCAGACGGCUGAUUCCGGCGGGCACAACACGGGGUUCCGGUGCGCGCGCGACGUUUCGGGGGAGGGGGAAUUGUGA